CACCCCUUAAUUUUCUCUCUCUCUCAUAAAAAUGUUGAGGUUUAGCGUAAAUCUCUUGAAGUUAGUCAUUUUGCUGUUUUUACUAAUCUGUUGUUUGGAGAGUGCAAUAUGCAAUGAGAAUUCUUCUGUCUUUAAUGUAUUAGACUAUGGUGCUAAAGGUGACGGUACCACAGAUGACACCAAAACAAUUGAAGCGGCAUGGAUAGAAGCUUGCAAAGUUGAAGGAUCAACUAUAGUGGUUCCAUCAGAUUAUGAUUUCCUAGUUGGACCCAUCUCUUUUUCAGGACCACAUUGCGAAGAAAACAUUGUUUUCCUGUUGGAUGGGAGAAUUAUAGCACCAACAAACCCUAAAAUUUGGGGUUCAGGGCUAUUACAAUGGCUUGAAUUCAAAAAGCUAAAUGGAAUAUCUAUCAAAGGAAAAGGAACUAUUGAUGGUCAAGGCUCAGUUUGGUGGCAAAACACUCAUUUAGAAGAUCCUGAUGAUGAUCCAAAUUAUACUACGCUAUUUGCUUUGACAAGUAGCACAGCAAAAGGAAAAAUGCCCAGAACCAGACCAACAGCUCUGAGGUUUUAUGGGUGUUCUAAUGUGGUAGUAACAGGCAUAACAAUCCAAAACAGCCCUAAAGCACAUCUAAAGUUUGAUAGUUGUGUGACUAUUCAAGUUUCUGGUAUCACAAUUUCAUCACCAGAAGAUAGCCCCAAUACAGAUGGAAUUCACCUUCAGAACUCCCAAAAUGUUGUUAUCCAUAGCAGUGAUCUUGAUUGUGGAGAUGAUUGCAUCUCUAUUCAAACUGGAACUUCAGCUGUGUUCAUUCAUGAUGUGAAGUGUGGACCUGGACAUGGAUUUAGCAUAGGAGGGCUGGGAAAUGACAACACCAAAGCCUGUGUCUCCAACAUAACAGUUCGUGAUUCCACACUACACAAUACUUUGACUGGUGUACGAAUCAAAACAUGGCAGGGAGGCUCAGGUUCAGUUCAAGGGAUCAUGUUUUCGAAUAUCCAAGUUUCAGAUGUGGAAACACCAAUAAUAAUUGAUCAAUUCUAUUGUGAUAAAAGCAAAUGCAAGAAUCAGACAUCAGCAGUGGCCAUCGCAGGGGUUUCAUAUCAAUCAAUAAAAGGAACAUAUUCAUAUGAACCACUUCAUUUUGCAUGCAGUGAUUCUGUGCCAUGCACUGGUGUUUCCCUUGCAGACAUACAGCUUAAACCUUCACCAAAAAGGGAACAUUUUUAUGGACCUUAUUGUUGGCAAACUUAUGGAGAAUUGAAAACAAAGACAACCCCUCCAAUUGAUUGUAUACAACCUGAUCAAGACACCCCUGAUUAUGAUUCUUGUUGAUUUUCCUAGAGAUUAAUAAAUAAUUGGAAGGAUUGUUCUCUCGUUCAGUUGCAAGGGCAGAUGGGUUCAACCGAAACUAGUAGCUUUAGCCAAAACCCUAUAUAUGUAUUAAGAAAUCUACUAAAUAUGAACAAAUAUUAAAUUUUAAAACCCAAUAACUCAAAUAGUCAGUAGGUUCAAUUAGCAUCCUGAACCUAUAAAGUUCAAAUCCCGAAUCUGCUAUUAGUACUAGGACUAGGAUAUUGAUGUACAAAAUCCAGCUUUCUAUAUAUAUAUAUAUAUAUAGUAUUGCAAGAUGAUUCAAAAUUUAAAAGGUGUGACAAACUUAUCAAUUACACCGUAUGUUCUCAUCGAUAGGUUUCUACUUGGUUGGAGCAAACUCUUGCAGUACUUUAAUUUCUUCCAUUUAACCAAGUGAAUUAGCAUAAGUAAUUGUAGAGCUGACUUGAGUGUCUCUUCAUUAUUCCAAGAAAAAAAUGAAAAGGAAUUGAAAAGUGUCUAUGAAAUAAGAAAUAUCACAGCAUUUUCUAGAUUGAGCAACGUUUCAAGUUUUUUUUAUGAUGGUGGUGUCCGGGCCAGCUUGCAUGCACCUCGAUCGAGUAACUGCUUCCUUCCACCAACACUGAUACCAGGUAACUACUCACUAAGGCUUGGACAGAUGAAAAGAAAUCACCUAGUAUUUUUUCUCCAUUGAAACUUGAACCAGAGAUUUCACGGUUCUCCCAAAUCAUUAGGUCACACUCUUGGGUGCGAGCAACAAUUUAAAUUAAAGUCGGUAGCUAGUAAAUGUGACUGGAGAAACUCUGUUCCUUCUGAAUCUUUUGUUGUCUGCUUACAUUCUUGACAUGAAUGUCAUUUGUAAUUUGUAUGCAGUGGUGACCAUAGUGUCUGAUCUACUACUGAAGAUACAAUUAUACAAUGUAGUAUACUGAAGACAGAAUGUAGUACAAAAUAAUUGUUACAGAACGAAUUUAUUGUGCUCCUGCCUUGUCUUCAAGUGUAUGAACAUUAGAAUAGGAUCAAUACUAUAGGUCACUUGUAUAAUUUGGCAGAGAAAAUGAGCAAUUAAAUGAGUGACAUGCCUCAUUCUGGGUAAUUAAGGCUGCUCUAAUACGACUAAAAUUGCAAUUAUUGGGUAAAUCAUUCUACUUUUCAUCUAAAAUUGGAGACAACUGAUCUUUCUUCAAGACACCUACCUAUAAUCAAAAGGCGUGUUUUGGCCUAAUGGAACUAGUUUGACUGCGCAAAUAUUGCAACAUAACAAGCUACAGUAAAGCCUGGAGCUAAUUGUGAACAGAGAAUGAUGAGGAAGAAAUGCCUCAGAAAAACCCAUCUUUUGAAACCUAUGUGUUACUACUACUUCCUUCCCAAAAAAGGAUUAGCAACGAAAAUAUUAAGUAUCAGUGGUACGGGACUGAUAUGAAAUCAUCUAACUAAGAGGCCUAGACUAUGGCCACUAGGCAAUGCUUUAGACCUUCAUACAGAAGAGCAAACCGAAGAAGAAAAAAAUAGAGACUCAUCCUCUGCCAUGAGCUUGAAUCUGAACUUGAAAGUAGCUAAUACCUCUAGACGGAUUCAAGAUUGUGGCCAAAAGAUGGUUCUCUCUCAUUUCUAGUCUCGCUCUCUAUGUACUAGUAGUUAGAAAGUUGUCACAACAGCUAUGAUAGCUAGAGAAGAAACUUUUCCUUGGGGCUCUUCAUACCUCAUCUCUGUAGCAUAUACUUCAUAUAUAUAGAUAGUCUAGAAACAUGUUGAUCUUUGAAUGUCGUUAUAGAAAAAAGGGUUGGCAGGGGUGAUGUUGAUCCAUAAACAAAAGCUUUUAUGAAUAAGAGUGUCAUUCUAUUUUUCUUCUGCAUAUGGCAGGACACGAGGAGUUCAUUCGUGUAUCAAUAAGAAACUGAACCAACUCCAAGCCAAGAUGCUUUUUAACAUGGAUUUAAGUUAUAUACACUGAUAGUGUAACAAAUUUUUACACUAACAAUACGAAGGCACAUCUCAUGACCAAACCCUUUUAGCUUCCCUUUGAUGUAUAUUAAUUACAUACAUGAAAAAUCAGUCUUAGACCAUUAAUAUGUUAGUGGGACGCGGGCUUUUCUAAACGUAGAAGGUACUUCCUUCUAUCUUUUGUAUCGAUAGUUUAAGAAUUUAGAAUUACAGAAAAAUAGUUAAUGCGUUUUUAGUUUUUUAAACAAAGUAUAUAUUUUAGAUUAAAUUUUGUUGGCUGAAGAGGCAGAUAAAAAGGACAGGAGGGAGUAUAAUACACAUAUCAACUGCAGAGUAUACUCAUCAAUAAAGUAUAUCCUAAUCUAGGUUGCAGUAUUUUGUCGAUCGUGCAAGAGUUUCAAAAGCAGUAGGACGCAACUAGUGAUUGCCUUUAAGGCAUCUUAAGGAAUUUAUAGGCAGCCCUACCAGCAAAAGGGUUCACAUCAAAAUUUACAAAAAAGGAUUUCUGAGUCCGUGUCAACCCAAGAGUAGGAACUCCAAACUCUCAAAAGUUUUCAUAAAGUUCUGGCAGCAUUCUGGGAACAGUCUACAAU